AUGGAUGAUGAAAAAAAGAAGAAGAAGGGUAAUAAAAUAGACUUAAAUCUCUUACCUUCCUCAAUGAAAGAACGUUAUGCUGCAAUGGGAAUAUUACCCAAAGCUUAAAUUCCAAAAUCGAAUCUCUAAGUCGAUGUACAAAGAAUGAAACAGAAAAAGGUUGAAAAAGAGUAACCAAUUGAAUAAAAAUUAGAAGGUAUUGAAAUCAAAGCAAGUGAAAAGAAGUAGUUAGAAAAAGUAUUCUAGAUGCUUAAAAAAAAAGAUGUUGAUUACUUUGAUGCUAAAGAUGUUGAUAAAAUGCUUAGGUUUUUAGGUGUUUCACUUACUAAGUCUGAAAUUGAUCUUAUGUUAUGGGAAGUCGAUGAAAAUCUUGAUGGAAGAGUAAGUUGGACUGAAUUUUUGAAUAUGUACAAAAAAUGUACAAUCGAUAAGACAGGUCUAGAACCAAAGAGUUUGUUUCAUAUGAUUUAGUUCUUAAUGUACUUACCCCCAGAUAGAAAGGAUCCAAAAGUAACAGUCGAAGACACUUUGGAACUGUUAUAUGUUCGAUUUGGUAGGUAAUGUUUGGAUUCUGAAAUUCAUGCCAUUUUUGGAGAUGAGGAGAAAAAUAAAGAUGGCGAAGAGAAGGCUAUUUCGUUUAGUGAAUAUAUGGAGAAAAUUAAUGAGAGAGCAAUUCAAUAAAGGAAGCUCAGAAAGGAAGAAUAAAAACAACAAUUUUAAUACUUCAAAAAAGAAAAGUAAAUGGAGUGAGUUCUUUUAUUAUGUCCUAUAAUAAUUGAAAUGAACAUCAUUAAUAAACUA